AUGGUCCCGGCGCUCUCGAAGGCGCUGCUGCUGCUGGCGGCAGCGCUGCCCUUCGCUCACGCCGACAACCGCAAGAUCGAAUCCAGGUCGUUGAACCCGUGCCAGGCCAACACGAGUAUCUCGGCCACGCUUUUCAAUGUCGCAUUCACCCCCAGCAAUCGGAGUCUGGACUUCGACAUCGAGUUCGUGUCGACCGUCUCGGCCAAGGUCAACGCCGAGAUGGAACUGCUCGUCUACGGCUAUUCCGCCAUGAAGGAAGACCUGAACCCCUGCGACACCAAGAACAACAUUGAGGGCAUGUGCCCUAUGAGCGCCGGUAACAUCAAGGUUCAGUCGAACCUCGACAUUUCCGCCGACAUUAUGAGCAGAAUUCCCGGUGUCGCCUACACCAUUCCCGAUCUCGACGCCGUUGUUCGCAUCAAGGUGACGGAUCAGGCCACCGGCGAACAGAUUGGUUGCGUCGAGGCAGAGCUGUCCAAUGGCCAUUCUGUGGAUCAGAAGGCUGUUGCCUGGGUCACCGCCAUCAUUGCGGUAUUUGGUCUGGUAGCAUCCGCCAUCACCUCUGGUUUGGGACACUCCAACACCGCCGCCCACGUUGCCGCCAACGCCAUGUCACUCUUUGGCUAUUUCCAGGCGCAGGCUUUCCUCGGCAUGUGCGCCGUGCCGCUUCCCCCAAUUGUUGCUGCAUGGACACAGAACUUUCAGUGGAGCAUGGGCAUCAUCCGCGUAGGCUUCCUGCAGAGGAUGGCUACCUGGUACCAGCGUGCUACUGGCGGUACACCUACCACCUAUCUGAGGCAGCUGGCCUACAUCUCCGUCGAAGUGCAGAAGAAGAUGAAGCGCGGCCUCGACAGUCUCCCCAUGACGAAGCGCGCCGUCUACGGUAUCAAUAACGCCGUUGGAGCCCUCGCAGCUCGCAGCAACAGCGAUUCCACCAACACCCAACACUCCACCAACGUCGUCCUCCACGGUAUCGAACGAGUUGGUUUCAAAGCUAAGAUCGAACCCACCAACAUCUUCUUUACCGGCUACACCUUCUUCGUCAUCUUUGUUAUUUUCGUUACGAUUGGUGUCAUUGCCUUCAAGUUCAUCUGUGAGGGACUUGUCAAGGCUGGAAAGAUGAAGCACGACCAGUUCACUGACUUCCGUAACGGCUGGCGCACCGUUCUCAAGGGAAUCUUGUUCCGUGUUAUCCUCAUCGGUUUCCCCCAGAUGAUGGUGCUCGGCUUCUGGGAGCUGACCAAGCGCGACUCGGCCGGUGAGGUCGUCCUGGCCGUCUUCACCAUCGUCAGCAUGAUCGCGAUUCUUGGUUGGGCAUCGUCCAAGGUCGUCCGCAUCGCUCAGCGGUCGAUUAUCAUGCACAAGAACCCUGCCUACAUCCUCUACUCGGACCCUAUUGCUCUCAACAAGUGGGGCUUCCUCUACGUCCAGUUUAAGGCGACCAUGUACUACUUCAUCAUUCCCGUUCUCGGGUACACGCUCGUUAAGGCCAUGUUCAUUGGCUUUGCACAAGGCAGCGGCACUGCCCAGGCCAUCGCUCUCGUCAUCAUCGAGGCUGGUCUCCUCAUUGGCGUGUCCGUCCUGCGCCCGUACAUGGACAAGAAGACCAACGGUUUCAACAUCGCCAUCGCAGCUGUCAACUUCCUCAGUGCCAUCUUCUUUUUGGUCUUCACUGAAGUCUUCAAACAGCCGGCUAUCGUUACAGGUGUUAUGGGUGUCAUCUUCUUCAUCUACAACGCCGUGUUCGCUCUCGUCUUGCUUCUCAUGGUUCUUGUUUCGUCUGGCUUUGCCAUCUUCACGAAGAACCCCGACACACGCUACCAGCCUAUGCGUGACGACCGCGGGUCCUUCAUCAAGUCACAGACUCAGCUUACCACUGAGCUGGACGCAUUAGGUGCGACGGCCCGUGGCGAGGGCAAGGGAACGCACGCCCGUCUCGACGACGACGACGAUGCCAUGUCGAUCAGCUCUGCCGACCAGCAACGGCAGCUCGCCAAUAAGGAAGGUGGCUUCACUGAGCACUACCAACCCGCCCCUCCGCGAAGUCCGAUCAACCCAACUGGACCGUCGCCAUACGGCUCGAACGGAUCUGUACCCUCGCAGGCACCGCCAUUGUACUACAACAACCACAACGUUAGCCCACCUGCGUCGAACGGAUACGGGCGAACGGCUAGUCUCAGGAGCGAACAGCAGCAGUACAGGUCAGCGAAUAACUCCAGCCCAUGGCAACGGGGCGCUGGCUAUGACCAUUGA